GAGUUAACGUUUUUUUUUUUUUUUUUUUUUUUUUAUCAUCUUACUGUUUCAGUCGAAUUGUCGAUAAACUUUUAAUUUUGAACAGUCUGAACAUAGCUGCAAGUGAUGAAUAAUAAUCGUGAUUUGUAGUCGAUUAUCGAACAACACAUAACCUGCCUAGCUGCAAUUGAGCCAUUUUCUUCUUGUGAAAUUAUAAAUACCAAAUCAUAUUUUUCCUCGAGUGUUUAAAAACUGUGGCUAAAUUUAUUUUAUUUUUUUUUGUACAUUACAAUUUAAUUAUGAUCUAAUCGACUAUCGAUUGCCAUUUGCUACCGGAGACUUGGAUAGGCAUAAAUUUUGAUUAGUCAUGGUACUUAUGUCGAAAAACUGCUGAACUUCAUUCAAGUAUCAUGCAGCUAUAAAAAGAGAGCUUUCAUCAUUCAACGAAUCAUUCUCUUCUUUAUUACAAACGUGGCCAUCGUCAGUAGAUAGUCACUUUGAUGAGUCGGUGUUAAUGCACGGGAGCAAUAAGUAUUGAAACUACUUUGUCUGAUCAACAAGUAGUCAUGGAAUUUCCUAAUCUGGGAGAGCAUUGUUUCAAGGAAAGCUGUAAUCGCUUGGAUUUUCUGCCUCUCAAGUGUAAUGCUUGUAAAGCAAUAUUUUGCACAAACCAUAUUUCGUAUGCUGAACACUCCUGUCCCAAAGCUCAAGAGAAGGAUGUUCAGGUACCAGUUUGUCCAUUGUGCAAUGUUCCUGUCCCAUCAAAAAGAGGGGACCCUCCUGAUUUAGCAGUAGGCUUGCAUAUUGACAACGACUGUAAAUCGGACUAUGGAAAAAACCGUAGAAAAGUUUUUGCCAACAAGUGUUCAUCCAGUGGCUGCAAGACUAAGGAAAUCGUUCCUGUCAAGUGCAAUGACUGUAGCAAAAACUUUUGCUUCAAACAUAGACACCCAGUUGAUCAUAAAUGCAUAGGAAAAGAAGAAUCUUUAAGAAUUAAGAGAUUAAAUGCUUUAAGUAAAACAAAUCAGAAUAGUAAUAGUGGUAAUAGUUCAAAUAACUUUAGAAACCUUCAGGGACAAAUGAGUGAAGAUGAAGCUCUUGCCAGAGCUUUACAAGCUUCUCUUCAAGACGAACAAAAACAGGCAAUGCAGCAGCCAGUGCCUUGGAUAAGUCUUGAUAGAUGUAGACUGUCUUGAAUUUCAAGUGUGUAAACUACCAAACUCUAAUAUUUAUCAUGUGAAACAACGUACUAAAGUCUCAAGGGCAAAUUUUAAAGAACUCUCUAAGAUGUAAUGCAGAUUUUAUAGUUCUUAUUUGUUAUCUAUAUAGGUAGUCUUGUGUACAGAUUCUAUAUGUGCCUGUGAUUUUGUAAACUCUUAAUGAUUCUCUUUUUACUGAUAUUUUAUUAUAAGUACUCACUGUACUCUGAAUAUAAAAGAUGUAUCCAAAAUAUGUAUUACUAAAGCUACUACUCUAAUUAAGCUUUUGAUAUUGUAUCUACAGAAUCUAUGCUAUUUUGUGUACAUUCCACAGAGCACUUGGUUUAUGGGGUCUGGAUAUUCUAUUUAAAAUAAAAGUUACUUAC